GCAUCGCCCCCAACAUCACAGCAGGGCCGGCAGACAGCACAGUGAUUGACGGCAUGUCAGUCAUCCUGCACUGUGAGACCUCUGGUGCCCCCAGACCAGCCAUCACCUGGCAGAAAGGUGAGCGUGUACUGGCCAGCGGCUCGGUCCAGCUCCCCAGGUUUACUCUGCUGGAGUCUGGCAGCCUGCUCAUCUCUCCCUCACACAUCUCAGACGCAGGCACCUACACCUGCAUGGCCAGCAACUCCAGGGGGAUCGACGAGGCCGCCGCCGACCUGGUGGUGUGGGCCCGCACCCGCAUAACCAGCCCCCCUCAGGACCAGAGUGUCAUCAAGGGAACCAAGGCAACGCUGACUUGUGGGGUGACCCAUGACCCCAGUGUCACCAUCAGGUACGUGUGGGAGAAGGAGGGCACCGUCAUCAACGCUCAGUCCAUCCCUCGGAUCCGGCUGGAGACCGAUGGCACCCUGCACAUCUCCCAGACCUGGUCCGGAGACAUCGGCACCUACACCUGCAGAGUGACCUCGGUGGGGGGGAACGACUCCCGCAGUGCCCACCUGCGGGUCAGGCAGCUGCCUCACGCACCAGAGAACCCCUCAGCCAGGCUGAGCUCCACGGAGAAGAGGGCCAUCAACCUGACCUGGGCCCAGCCCUUCGAUGGCAACAGCCCCCUCAUACGCUACAUCCUGGAGGUCUCCGAGAACAACGCUCCCUGGGCUAUCCUGCUGGCGUACAUCGACCCAGAGUCCACCGCUGUGACGGUCAGUGGUCUCAUCCCGGCGCGCUCCUACCAGUUCCGCCUGUGUGCCGUCAACGACGUGGGCAAGGGCCAGUUCAGCAAGGAGACGGAACGGGUGUCUCUCCCGGAGGAGCCCCCCAGCGCCCCCCCUCAGAACGUGAUCGCCAGCGGACGCACCAACCAGUCCAUCAUGAUCCAGUGGCAGCCCCCCCCUGAGAGCCACCAGAACGGGGUCCUCCGAGGCUACUGUGUCCGGUACAGCCUGACGGGCCUGCCUGUGGACUACCAGACCAAGAACAUCUCCAACCCCGACGUGACCAACCUUCUCCUGGAGGAGCUCAUCAUUUGGACCAACUACGAGAUUGAGGUGGCGGCUUACAACGCCGCAGGGCUGGGCACCUUCAGCCACAAGGUCACCGAGUGGACGCUGCAGGGAGUGCCCACCAUCGCCCCCGGCAACGUGCAGGCGGAGGCCGUCAACUCCACGACCAUCCGUUUCACCUGGGCCGCCCCCAAUCCCCAGUUCAUCAACGGCAUCAACCAGGGAUACAAGCUCUUGGCAUGGGAGCCGGGACACGAGGACGAGGUCACCAUGGUAACGGCGCGCCUAAUUUCCAAGACAGCAUGCAUUUGGGCUAUGUGACGGGACUGAAGAAGUUCACAGAGUACUUCACCUCAGUGCUGUGCUUCACCACUCCUGGAGAUGGGCCUCGCAGCCCUGCCAAGGGCCUGAGGACACAUGAGGACACCCCUGGAGCCGUGGGCCACCUGAGCUUCACUGAGAUCCUGGACACCUCGCUGAAGGUCAGCUGGAGGGAACCGCACGAGAAGAACGGAGUACUGAC